GUACAACAUAGCGAACAAUCGAAUCCACCAAAUAACCUCGAUCCGUAGAUACUAUGGCCACCAACGAACCCGAGCACAGAGACGUGGAGGAAGCUGGAGCUAACGAGGACACCGGAGCUCAAGUCGCUCCGAUCAUUAGGCUUGAGGAGGUUGCCGUCACUACCGGUGAGGAAGACGCCGUCCUCGAUCUAACAGAUGGCUUCAUAACGCACAGAGGUGUUAUGGUGGCAAUGAGUUCAUCGAUCAGUUGGAAACACUUUGUUGCCUGCAAAUAGAUAUUCUGAACUCCAAAAGAGUGUUCAAAAGUAUGUAGUUGCAUGUCUUAUUUGUCCUGGGUAUCACUCAUGUUCUGUACAGUGGCAUUGCCAUUGGUUUAGCCAUAAGCAAGGUACACAUUCUAGCUCCCGAAUCUUCAUAUGAGUACUGGAUUCUUGUUUCAUUACUUUGUAUUUUCAGAAACAUAACUUGCCAUUUACAUACAACUUUCACAUGUAUAAUAUCUUUAAAAAUUAAAUAUAUUUUUUUCUAGGAACUCC